GCUGGUUAAACCACUCGCACCCUCCGAGGGUGUGACCUACCCCCACCGGUGAGGCCGGACAGGCGAAAACCAACCUCCUCAGGUCCGCCUUUCUCCGAUUCCCUGGAAACUCGAAAUUUGUUAUCAGCCGCUUGAUAAAAAUCCCCUGCCUCCCUUGGAACGCUUUUUCUUUCUCAGUAUAGACUUCUUAGGAAAAACUUAGGAUAAAGAAUUUCCUCUGCAAAGACUUGAGAAUUUCGUACUUCACGUUAAUUCUAAAGCUUUCCGUAAAUCCGGCACGUUUUAUAAAGACGAUUCUACAAGAUUUAAGCGACCUCGUGUCACUUGGCUGCGGUCGUGCUUAAAAGGGGAUAUUUACUUGCCCUUGUCCGGGAAAAGAGUGGACAGGGGAAAAUAUCCGCAUGGGUCAGCCAAGAGGGGCUUAGACUGGAAGAUGGCUGGUCAAUAUCGGCUUUGGGAUACUCGAGGUAUUUAUCUAAUGUCUUAUAUUUUCCAGAACGUUGCCCAGUCAAAUUUCCGUCUCUCCCAGAUAAAAAGGUAGACCGGGAAGAAAGCAGACUGUCUUCUAGAAAUUCUCCAAAAUAAUUGUCAGUGUUAGUUAAAUUUCGUUAGGCAGAAUUUUUGCUUUCCACAUUAAAAGGAAAAGUAAUUUACAUUCGAAAUGUAAAUACGAAUGUGUAAUCGGACACUUCAUUUAUUUCCCUUCGUCAGCCUUUCUGCAGUAUCGAUUAGAGCCCCUGAAGAACAGCAACCAGGAUUGCAGAUAAGAAUGACACGCCAUCAUAUACAUGGAGAUAUAAAAUGACAAGUUGUAUUAAUUAAAUAAAAUAAAUCCCUGUUGAAAUACAUUCAAUACGCAGUUAUUUGACUUUCAGUUUAUCCCCAUCUACAUGUCUCGCGAGCAUUUAUUCAAUUUUCUGUGAAAAUUAGUUAUAUUGCCCCAGUGCACUUAAUCUAACUAACCACAAGUAGGACAUUGAAUGGAGAUAUUUAUUGACUAAAUCGCGUACUCGUUGUACUACGAUUAUUUGAAAUUUUAAUGGGACCAGUUUCGAGAAAACAUACGAAAAGUCUGCCCCUAAAGGGCAGCAACAUUAAUCACGGGAGUGUAGGGAAGUAUAUCCUUCACCUGGUGAGACUUAUCUUCCAGAUAGGGGAACGAGUCGCUUAUCACUAUCCGUACAAGUCAUACACCCGGGACAGUUCAUGGAAUCACACCGAUCAAGUCGGCAGAUGCUAGUCGUGCUGGUAUUCAUUCGAAACAAUAAAAAGGAACCAAAGUGCCAUCGUUGUCAUCGAUGCAGUGUUGAUUGGCCUCUGGAAGGCCCAUUUGUCAUGCAAUUGAAUCCACCCAGGAAAACAGGAUCAUCUAGCGAUCCAAUUAAUUUAAUAUGUACCUAAGUGUUGCUAAAAAGAGCUGCCAGAAGAAUCGUGUAAUGGCUGACCCAAUGAAAAGUAGAAGUGUGCAAGUUCCUAGCGGUUCCAUUUCCAAAAGGUUCCCUCAAUCGAAGGCGGCAUUUAGGUGGUGGUUGUUGCUGCCGAUAGUGUUUUGGAUGCCUGUGGAGGGAAUUCCGGCAAUUCCAGGGAAAAGUAGCAGCAAUUGCCCGCCAAGAUGUCUCUGUUACUUGGAUCGGGAACCCAGCAUCAUCGUUUGCUCCAUGCAGGGUCUGGAUCGGUUCCCAGAGAACGUCAGCAAUCUUGUGGAGCAUUUGGACCUGUCAGGGAAUCAGCUGGACACCUUGUCACAGGAUGACCUGAAUCGCCUGACAGAGCUGCAGUACCUGAAUCUGGCUGAUAAUCGCCUGAGCGGUCUGCCAGAGAACAUCAGUGGUCUGAAGAAGCUUCGCAAGCUGGACAUCUCUGGGAAUCGGAUAAAGGACGUCUAUCAGCUGAUUUCAAUAAGUCAGUUGAUCGGACUGAAGAUGCUUUACCUAUCCAGAAAUCCGAUUUCAAGUCUGGAAGGCUUAACGAGUGGAAGCCUUCUAGCACUCGACGUCAGACGUUGCGAAAUUGGGGAGGUCAGCGAAUCCGCGCUCCUUCGACUCCCAUCUCUUGCAGUUCUGAGCCUGGCGGAGAAUCCUCUGAGGAGUUUUCAACGACCUGUCUGCAGAUCCUUGCAGUGGCUGGACAUGUCCGAAUGUCUUUUAAACUACUUGACCCCAGACACUUUCGAGGGCCUCCCUAGUCUAGAGGACUUGCGACUUGCCAAUAAUCCUGCCUUGGUCUACAGCUCGAGGUUCGAGACGCUGAGACAUCCACACCUUAAGAAAUUGGACGUCUCAAGAUGUAAUUUAGACAGGCCGGGUCUUCACGGUUUGCCAUCUUUGACGCAAGUCCAACUUUCCGGGAACUUGAUACGAAUUUUGCCUGACGGUAUAUUUCGAAAAAAUCCCGAACUGACGAGACUCUCUCUGAAUGGAAAUGGACUGAGUAGCAUAAACGCCAGCACCUUCGCAGGACUGUCGAGGCUGGAAUUUUUGGACCUCUCUGAAAACGGACUCGAAGAAAUUGCUAACAAAGAUACCUUCUCAGGGAACGACCAUUUGUUGCACCUCAAUUUGUCUUUCAAUGCCCUACUCUCUUUUCCAAGUGCGGCGAUGUCGGUCAAGUCAUUGGACUUGUCAUCGAAUUGGAUACGUGAGCUCAAUGGAGAGGCGUUUGCAAACUUGCCAAAUAUUAAGAUUCUGAAUUUGAGUGACAAUAGACUAGAGGAACUUCCGAAGAACUUGGACUCCGAUAGCCUGACCACUUUUUCUCUGGCGAAGAACAGACUAAUGCGCAUAAACAAUGACGCGUUUUCAGACCUCCCGAAUCUUCACGAGCUCGACAUUUCAGGAAACCGACUUACGGACCCUCUGGACGUGGACGUGUUUCGGUCCAACAAAAACCUAAGUAGGAUCCGACUGGACGACAAUCCUUGGAGGUGCGAUUGCGGGAAGCUUUACGGCAUUUACGUGUACUUGACAAUGCUACCGGAAAAGACGCCAGCUUCAGGGAUGAUCUGCCAAAGUCCUGUCAACGUGUCCGGAUACUCCUGGGAGAGUGCCUGUCAUGGGAUGUGGAAUGGACCCACCUAUGAGAACAAGGAAAGGGUCUGGGGAUUCGUGGUUGUCGGUUCGCUAAGUGCUCUCAUCCUUUUUGGCAGUACAGUGUCAUUAAGACACGCAAUUCGGAUGAAGAGACAAGCACGAGAAGACAGACGCCAAAGUCAGCUGAGAGAAGCUAGAGAAAGGCUGGGACUCUUGCAGCGACGGAGUCAAGCCAACGAGGAAAACGAAGCCGCGGAGAGACACGACCCAAGGGUGCAUCCUUCCGAAUUGACAGGACCACCCACUUACGAGGAAGCUGUCCACAUGUCUUACCUAGCUCGUUCAUUGAACGCCCUGGAUGAGGCAUCGGAGGAUGAAACAUCGAUCAGGGUGAUGGGAUCCGUGGACAACUUGGGCUCGAAGAAGAGAAGGCCUCCAAGAAGACCUAGAAGAAGACGGACUCACAGCGACGAAGAUGAGCCCUCUGCUGCUCGGGAGGAGCGAAGAAGUCGCAGACGAAGAUACGGCUCGGCAGAUGUCCUGCGAACGUCUACUCGAACAAAGGAAAGGACCCCUUGCGAAGCCACAAACAGUGCUGGGCAACGCAACAACAGUAUGCAAGAGAGGAGACAGGGUUCUCAAGCUGAGAUGCCUCAACCUCGACCUAGAACUCCAGGAGCCAGGAAGAAGAAGCGUUGUGUACAUUUGAGGGUGACCAAUGGUACCUCCAGUGACGACGAGGACUCCAACAGGAGUCCUGGAGGACCUAUGUCGAAUUCGGGGACGAACUGUGUCAUUCAGCACCUGUCAAGGGAGCCUAGAAGUGGCCGUGGUCCACUCCCAUGAGAAGAUGGAUGAUGGGAGGAGAUUUGUUGAGCAACAAACGUUUCGUUUUGGGAUCAUUGGGAUGAGUCAA